AUGGGCAGCUUGGCAAACCUGCUAUCUUUGUUGCUGAUCGGCUGCUGGCUGGUCAUCUUCGGGGUCGAAAGCAGAAGUGAGCGUCUUUUCACCAAGGACAUAGAAAUCAAAAAGUUCUAUCAGUGUCAACGGGCUGCGAUGUUGGGAGCCUUGCCGAAUAUCACUUCUCAGGAAGCUUUGAAAAAGAGCGUGAAGGACUGCUUUGUCAAGCAGGUUUGUAGGCACCGGUGCUUGAUUCCAGACAAUGACAACCCUAUGAUGAAACCGCUAAAACAGAUGCUAAGGCCUUGCAUGGAAAAGCUGAAAUCUGUCGGCACAUCAGCGGUCAAAGGAUGCCAGCGGUUGCACCUACCAGAGGACGCGGAAAUCCCAUCCAGUCUGGUGGCAUCAUUCGACCUUCAAAGCGCUACAGUCUUCGACCAGAUAAUCAGCGCCGAUCAUGAGCCGGCCUACUGGCAGAUAGCUUACGAGGCACUGAAGAACAUGCGCGAUCCAAAAGUAUGCUCUCCUACCAAGGCGGUCGACAUCGGUUCAUGCAUCUUCAACGUCUUCGCAAAGGCCAGGAUCCACACAGCACACUCGGACAACUUUUUUUUCCGUGUAUUGGAGGUCGAGAAGCGGUUCGACCAGUACUGCACGAAUGUCGACAAAUGUUUUGCUGGGCAAUCGCAACAGUUCCUACAGAAGCUGCUCGCACAACAGAGUUCGUACUGCAGCUGCACUCAGACGGCUCUGAGAUCCGUGCUGUGGGAGUUCCAACAGUGCGCCGGCAAUAUGCUGAUCUCGUUCGAUAUACCGCCGUGUGAUAUCACCUUUUCGGAGAUGUUCUGCCGAGCCGGCUUCUUCGACCGAGCGUUCAAUCUCUUCGGCUACAACUCGCCUUUCAUCGGAAUGGCCACAGCUGCUACGACCGGUGCAUUGCCAUCAAGGCAGAAACGCCAUGGAGAAGCUGCAGCGACCCUGCAUAUAACCUUUGUAAAUUAG